AUGGUAAUUACCAAAACCGAUGACCGUCAACAGGUGGUUAUCAGCCGCGAUGUCAACUUCGACGAGUCCACCUUUGGACUUCAACUGCCGAUCACUGAUGAAGAUGUCGAUGACCUGGACUUCGAAUUGCUGGAUCUUGAUGACGAAGAGCUGCGUCAAAUGGAGUACAAGCAAACAGGCAAGCGCAAGAACCGACUCAAUGAUGAAGAUACAGCAGCUCCACGACCGCGUGCAGUGCGUCAACGACCAGGACUAGAAGAGUCAAGCGCGCCGGAAAACAACUCGUCACGACAAGAAGAAGACGAAGAAACGAAGGAUUCUGGUGAUUCAACACCGCCUGUGUUUUGGCGUGCGAGUGCAAAUGCCGUUGAAGCAGCAGUGGACUUAUCAGAGCCCUCAACAUUUGAAGCAGCAGUAAGCGGCCCUGACCAAGUGCACUGGAGAAAAGCAAUUCAUGCAGAGCUCGAGUCAAUGCGACUUCGCGGUGUGUUUCGUGCAGCCAAGCUGCCCAACGGACAACGCGCCAUUGGCACAAAAUGGGUGUUCAAGAUCAAGCGUAAAGCGGAUGGAUCCAUCGAGAAGUACAAGGCACGUCUCGCGGCAAAGGGCUUUCGCUCGAAGUAUGGAAUCGACUACACGGAGACGUUUUCUCCCGUGGUCAAGCAUGUGACGCUGAGAAUGGUGAUCGCAAUUUCCAAGCAUUUUGGAUGGCCCAUCGACCAGCUUGAUGUGGUGACAGCUUUCCUGUAUGGCGUCAUGAAGGAACAAGUGUUCUGCGUGAUUCCUGAAGGCGUCGAACUUGACAGUACGUUCGACUGCCUGGAAUUGGUGAAGUCAAUUUACGGCCUCAAGCAAGCGUCGCGAGUGUGGAACGAGACGUUCGACGAGUAUGUGUGCUCCAUCGGAUUUCAAGUAUCGGACUUCGACCCAUGUCUCUACAUCAAGACUUCGGACGGCCAUUGCGUGUUUAUACUGGUCUACGUGGACGACGUCUUGGUGACUGGAAGCUCACUCGAGCUGAUUGCACAAACCAAGAACGACCUGAAGACGCGGUUCGAAAUGACGUACAGCGGCAAGUGUGCGUUUGUUCUUGGGAUCGAGCUUUUGGACGGUGAAGAUGGCAGUGUGACACUAUGUCAGCGUCGGUAUGUCGAUGAUAUCCUCAAGCGCUUUGGCAUGGAUGAUUGCAAGGCAGUCGCAAGUCCAGUCGACAUGAGCUCUCGACUUGUUUCAAGUGAUGCAACUACCAAGGUCGAUGCUCCUUUUCGCGAAGCUGUUGGUGCGUUGAUGCACCUGACCACCGCAACGCGUCCGGACAUUGCGUUUGCUGUGGGCUAUGUGUCGCGGUUCAUGGAAAAUCCCCAAGAAGAACACUGGGUUGCAGUUAAGCGUAUCUUUCGCUACCUACAAGGCACCAAGACGCAUGGAAUUUGCUACAAGCCAAGUGCAAGGAUCGACUUCCGUGGAUAUUCGGAUGCGGAUUGGGCUGGUGAUCUUACCGACCGCAAGUCAACAUCGGGGUACACGUUCAUGCUACUCGGUGCGCCAGUCUGUUGGGGCAGCAAGAAGCAGCCAAGUGUUUCGUUGUCCACGAGUGAAGCCGAAUACAUCGCACUCAGCUUGGCGAUUCAAGAGGGCAAGUGGAUUCAUCGUCUGCUUUGUGAGAUCGUGAUGGCUGCCAAUGAAGAAGGACCGGAACUCAUGAUCCAUGAAGACAAUCAGUCGUGUAUCAAGAUGACGAAGAACCCAGUCAACCACGGCCGUGCCAAGCACAUUGAUAUCAAGUACCAUCACAUCCGUGAUGAGGUCAAGCGCGGUGAAGUGAAGCUCAAGUACUGUGAAACUGCGGUGAUGUUAGCGGACAUCAUGACGAAGGGACUUCACGGGCCACGCCACAAGGAGAUGACGGCGACUCUCGGGAUUCGUGAGCAUUCGGAUUGA